CAUCAUAAAUACUGGGAUUGGCUAAUGGCUAUUUCACCCUUCUCUCGCUAAUAACUGGAAUAUUUAACUUCUAUAAUACUCAUAUAAUAAUGUAUUAUUAUCUGAAAUAAAAUAACACUCGAUAUGAGUCAACGAACACCACAUCCAAGCCGAUUGCUUGGUUCUCACCAGUCUCUUCUCUCUAUUUGAAAGAAAGCAAUCAUGUCAAUUCUUGAUGGCGGCAUAGCUCCUCCUCCUGCUAAGCUUGAGGGAAAAUAUGCUGCAAUGUUAGUAUGCUGGCUUCUUGGAUGUGGGUCUCUCUUGUCGUGGAAUUGUAUGGUUACAAUAGAGGAUUAUUAUGGCUACCUUUUCCCGCAAUACCAUCCCUCGAGGGUCCUAACUGUUGUGUAUCAGCCAUUUGCAGUUGGAACACUUGCAAUCCUUGCAUACAAUGAGGCUAAACUCAAUACUAGAAAACGGAACCUAUUUGGGUAUAUACUGUUUUUCAUAGGUUCUCUCAUUAUUAUAGUUCUGGAUUUAGCAACAUCCGGGAAAGGAGGCCUUGGGACUUUUAUAGGAAUUUGUGCUGUUACUGGUUUGUUUGGAUUUGCAGAUGCUUUUGUUCAGGGUGGAAUGAUUGGAGACCUCUCCUUGAUGCAAACUGAAUUUAUUCAGUCGUUCCUUUCUGGUUCAGCAGUAUCAGGAACUUUAACCUCUGCUUUGAGGUUAGUUACAAAAGCAGCAUUCGAGAAUUCUAAAAAUGGUCUUCGAAAGGGAGCUAUUUUAUUUUUUUCCAUUUCUGCAUUUUCCGAGCUCCUUUGCGUUCUUCUCUAUGCAUAUACUUUUCCAAAGUUACCUGUGGUGAAGUACUAUCGCUCGAAAGCAGCUUUAGAAGGAUCUAGAACUGUUUUAGAUGAUCUGGCUGCUGGUGGCAUCCAAACAUUACCUCAAGAACAGAUGGAAGAAGAUCCAAAACAACAAGAGCGGCUGAGCAACAGAGAAUUAUUGAAACAGAAUAUUGACUAUGCAGUUGAUUUAUUUCUCAUAUUCGUGAUCACAUUAUCUAUUUUCCCUGGAUUCUUAUCUGAAGAUACCGGAUCACACAGCUUAGGCACAUGGUAUAGCCUAGUUCUCAUAGCUAUGUUUAAUGUAUGGGAUCUUAUUGGGAGAAAUAUUCCACUUCUUCAAUCCUUGAAGCUGCAGUCAAGAAAAGGUCUCAUGGUAGCUGUUCUCUUUCGAUUUUUACUUAUCCCAGCAUUCUAUUAUACUGCCAAGUAUGGGGACCAGGGGUGGAUGAUAAUGCUCACGUCCUUCUUAGGGUUAACCAAUGGUUACCUCACUGUCUGUGUCCUUACUUCUGCACCAAAAGGCUACAAGGGACCAGAGCAAAAUGCCUUGGGAAAUUUGCUUGUCUUUUUUAUUUUUGGUGGCAUAUUAUCCGGGGCUAUAUUAGACUGGCUGUGGCUGAUAGGCAAAGGAUGGGGUACGAGGUUGAUGAAAUUGAUCGAUUUUCUGGUUCUGUAAAAAAAUCAGAUGCUGAGCAACAAAGUGUUAGUUGGGCAAGAGAGAUUGCGGGGUGUGUUUUCUAGUGAGAAAUCAUCAUUUGUGCAUUAGAAUCUUUAAAUUGUACUUAAAGACCCUAACUGGGUCUAACUGGUUCGCUAGCUUGCCUGCUAAUAUGCUGUAUUUCAGAUUUGACAUCAUAUUUAUGUCUUCUAAGUUGCAGUCUGUUUUCCAAGGGCCUUUCGGAAGUUUGUAACAUACGGACUCCACUGUAAUUCUCUGCUUGUCCUGUUACUUGUCCUGUUACAGCUGCCAUCAAGUUUCUGCCUUGUAUGAUUUUUCCUAUCAUGUUUAAUGCCUUGUAAUUUUGGAAGAAAUAAUCCAAGGAUUUAUAUGUCACUUUUCACUCUGA